AAUUGUUUGUUUUGGGAAUUCGUGCGCGGCUGUGCAGAGGCCAAAACCCACCCGUGUACUCCAUCCGUCUGAUCGACCAAAUUCAGCUCUUUUCUCUCUCUUUUUCUUAUUUUAUUCUUCUUUCUUUUCGAACAAAUUCAUCUGCUUUGCUUUUAGGGUUUCUCGAAUUUUGACGCUUUCUCUUAAAAGGGUUGACGGAAUAAUCCUUUAAGGGAAAGGUAGAGGAAGACACGAAGGAAAGGAAAGGAAAGAGGUUGAAGAAGAAGAAGAAAAAGGAGUCGAAACAGCAAGAAAAGAAACGAAUUCCCCUCUUUCUUAACCUUUGUGGGUUUUUUUUGUUCUUCCUCUUCCUCAAUUUCUUCUUCUCGGAUUAUUCCCAACCAUUCCCAUAAAUUCUCCGUUUAUUGGGCAAACAAAGAUUCUAGCUUUGGGUGUGAAUUUCGUCUUUCCUUUUGUUCGUUUCCUUCAACCCCUUUUUUUUGAUUUUGCCGCGUUUAACAUGACUUCUGCAAAACCCUACACUUUUGCCGACGCCAUUGUUGAAUCUAACGAAUACCCUUUUAUUCGUUUUCCUGGACAUUGCUUUUUCUAGCCGAGCCAGAGAAUUGAGGAAAAAUUCGAUUUUUUUUUUCUGAGGAGUCGAAUCUGUUUUUUUUUUUUGUUCUGCGUUAUCGUAGAUGGGUUGUGUUCAAUGCAAAUGCUGUCGCCGAUAUCCAUCGUCAUCAUCAGAAGGAGAUUCUCGAGGACACGGAGACGCCAAAGGCAAAGAUGGCGUCGCUCCGAAACCCCUCGGAACAAUUCAGGUCCCUUCUCCCAAUUUCGAAAUGGUUUACUCUGUGCUAUCUCAACGAGGCUAUUAUCCAGAUUCACCUGAUAAGGAGAACCAAGACACUUACUGCAUCAAAACCGAGCUCCAAGGUAACCCAAAUGUUCACUUCUUCGGCGUUUUCGACGGCCACGGUGUAUUCGGUACGCAGUGCUCGAACUUCGUCAAGGAGAGGGUCGUGGAAAUGUUGUCAGAAGACCCGACUCUGCUCGAGGAUCCAGAGAAAGCUUACAAGUCUGCUUUUUUGAGGGUGAACGAGGAGUUACACGACAGCGAAAUCGAUGAUUCGAUGAGUGGUACUACUGCGAUCACGGUUCUUGUUGUUGGUGAUAAGAUAUAUGUCGCCAAUGUAGGUGAUUCGAGGGCUGUGCUCGCUGUUAAAGACAGGAACCGGAUUCUAGCGGAGGAUUUGUCUUACGAUCAAACGCCUUUUAGGAAAGAUGAAUGCGAGAGGGUGAAAGCUUGUGGAGCUAGAGUUCUGAGUGUGGAUCAGGUGGAAGGUUUGAAAGAUCCGAAUAUACAGACAUGGGCAAGCGAAGAGAGCGAAGGAGGAGACCCACCGAGACUUUGGGUACAGAACGGGAUGUAUCCGGGAACUGCGUUCACGAGGAGUGUUGGAGAUUUCACAGCUGAGAGCAUUGGAGUCACUGCUGAACCAGAAGUGUCCAUGGUUCAUCUUUCACCGAACCAUUUGUUCUUUGUUGUUGCAAGCGAUGGGAUCUUCGAGUUUCUUCCAAGCCAAGCUGUUGUUGAUAUGGUGGGGAGAUACGCUGAUCCGCGAGAUGGAUGCGCAGCAGCAGCAGCGGAAUCAUACAAACUGUGGUUGGAGCAUGAGAAUAGGACAGAUGAUAUCACAAUUAUCAUUGUACAGAUAAAGAACCUGUGUAAUGAAUGAUGAUGAUGCAUGAUUCUGAUUCCUAUUUGCCCCUUUGUUUGUUUUUAUGUACCUCUUAUGUUCACAGAUUCAUUCUUCUAUAUAGCAAGUAAAAAGUAAUGCUCUGUAUGAGCUUC